AUGCAGUUACACGCGAUCAGCUCACCCGUACUGCUGUCCGGCACGGCACACCGAGCACUACCAAAAGUAAAGCGGAAAGUACGAGUCGAUGAUAUCGCACCCUACUGUAUUGUGUUACAUGCCGUACAGUAUAUGUAUACAGGCAAGUAUGGCCGACUCGACGCGCCGCCGAGUUCUGCUAGCGGCUAUUAUUUUUUCCCGAGAAAUCUGAAUGUUUUGGUGAGUGACCGCGUUCCGAUGGCGACGUGCCAACUGCCGGAGUCCCCUCCCCUCGCGGCCCGUCUGCCGCGCUCCAGCGCGGAGCGAGGCCGACGUCGCACGCUAGUAAACAAACAGCCAACAUAA